AUGGAAGGACUUACAAAGAGCAGAAAUGGAACUAAGGCUGAAGGCAGUGUGGAAGAUAAUCAGUCACUGAGGGUCAUCCUCGUGGGCAAAUCUGGUUGUGGAAAAAGUGCCACUGGGAACAGCAUACUCUGUCAACCUGUGUUUGAGUCCAGGCUGGCGGCCCAGGCUGUGACUAGGAAGUGCCAGGUAGCCACAGGCACGUGGAAUGGAAGGAACAUCCAGGUGGUUGACACACCCUCCAUCUUUGAAGCCAAGGCCCAGGACCAAGAGAUGUACAAGGACAUCGGGGACUGCUACCUGCGCUCAGCCCCAGGGCCCCAUGUGCUUCUGCUGGUGACACAGCUGGGGCACUUCACUGCCCAGGACAUGGUGGCAGUGAGGAAAGUGAAGGAGGUCUUUGGGGCAGAAGGCAUGAGACAUGUGGUGGUCCUCUUCACCCACAAGGAGGACUUAGGGGAUGGGUCCUUGGAGGACUAUGUUGCCAAAACGGACAACCGCAGCCUGAGGAGCCUGAUCCAGGAGUGUGGGAAGAGGUACUGUGGCUUCAACAACCAGGCUACUGGGGAGGAGCAGAGGGAGCAGCUGGAGGAGCUGAUGGCUGUGUUCAAGAAGUUGGAGAGAGAUAACCAGAGUAAAUUCUACACAAAUGAUCUCUUCCACGAUGCAGAGAUGUUCCAGAAAGGCGGGGAUGGCACCCCAGAAGAUUACAGGUGCUACCUGUCCAAAGUUCAAGUGCACAUUGAUAAGCAAAAGCGAGACCUGGAAGAUACUGGGAGUCACUGGGCAUCCAAGGCGGUUGACAGAGUCAAAAAUUAUAUCUUGUCUGAUAUAGGUAUGCUACUUCAGCUUCUUUUUUAAAUUUUAAUUUUCAUGAAAUAUCUUUUCCAUCUCUUCAUUUUCAGUCUGUGUGUCUUUCAUUCUGUGGGGAGUGUCUUGUAUACAGCAUAUAUAUCUGUCUUGUUUUCUUAUCUAUUCA